CCCUGUUGCUAAGACACUCGCGCCUUGACAACCUGGCGGGGGAUGCGCUAAGGGCUGUCCCGGCGGGAGCAGCAGCUCCCCUCUCUGGCACCCACUCCCAGCUCCCCCAGACUGGCUGCGCUCCCAGGGGCGGUUUGAGGAAGUCCCACACGACGAGGCCCCACUCCCGCUUGCUCCGGCGGUAGCCGGAGUGGAAGGACCAUGGGAGAGACGGAGGGCAAGAAAGACGAGGCGGACUACAAGCGGCUGCAGACCUUCCCCCUGGUCAGGCACUCGGACAUGCCUGAGGAGAUGCGCGUGGAGACCAUGGAGCUGUGUGUCAUGGCCUGCGAGAAGUUUUCCAACAACAACGAGAGUGCUGCAAAAAUGAUCAAGGAGACGAUGGACAAGAAGUUCGGCUCCUCGUGGCAUGUGGUGAUCGGCGAGGGCUUCGGCUUUGAGAUCACGCACGAGGUGAAGAGCCUCCUGUACCUCUACUUCGGGGGUACCCUGGCCGUGUGCGUCUGGAAGUGCUCCUGACCCUCCCCCUGCCACAGGACUUUUGGAGCUUCGAAGCCCCAUGUCCCCGCCCUGUGCCCCGUGUGUGGUGACCCUCCCUCAGAAGACCCCGGGACCGCAGGGCGGCUGCUCGGGGAAGGGGACAGGGGACAGGGGGAGCCGGUCUUACCCCCACAGUCCAGACCCCUAGCUGGCCGACCGCCCCCUGCACUGCUGCCAGGUGUCCGCUCCUGCCGGUCCCAGCCAUACCCUCCCCUUCAGGGCGCUGGCCGGAGUCCGCUCGCCCCAGCACACAGUGACCCCCAGAAGCCCCUUCUCCGACCUGCCCCCAGGCUGCGCUGACCGGUGCCCAGCCCGACCACCACGCAGGGGCGCGGACACUGCCCAUCAGGGACACAUCUUGCUACUUUGUACUUCUCAUCACCGCUGCUUUUCUAGAUGCUUUUUGAGUGUGGGGAGAGGGUUUUGGUAGAGGGGCCCCUAUUUUACACAGUGGACUUAUUUAUAUAAACAUCUUGGUUUUUACAAUUAAAAUGACAAAACUUGA